CGCCCCGGGGCUGCAGGACGAGACAAUAUGGCGUAGCGUAGGGUAGGAUUGCAGUGACUGAAAAGAAAGAAACGGUGUGAGACACAAAGGGAAACAUUGAAAAACGUUGAGAAAAAGAGAAAAUUGGGAACGAGAUGUGCGCCACAAAUUAAGACACAUAACUUUUGUUUAACGUACUUUUCAGGAGCGAGAAGGAAAGUUAGACUACGGGGAAGGGCUGAAUGUUGUUUCAGCCCUAAUGUUGCAGUAGACGUGUUCGUGGAUCAGCUGCAGACAGCACCCACCAUCAUCAGGGUCAAAAUGCAUUUUUGACAUGCAGUAGGAUAUAAAAGGUCAAGUAGUAGUCCAAGAUGGCUGCAGCUUCUUAUGACCAGCUGCUAAAGCAAGUGGAGGCACUUAAAAUGGAAAACUCGAAUCUUCGACAAGAUCUUGAGGACAACUCAAAUCACCUUACCAAACUUGAAAGAGAGGCAUCAAACAUGAAGGAGGUGCUUAAAGAGUUACAAGGAAGCAUUGAAGAAGAGUCCAUGGGGUCUUCUGGGCAAAUUGACCUGUUGGAGCGGCUGAAAGAGAUGAACUUGGAUCCAAGUAAUUUCCCUGGGGUCAAACUAAGGCCGAAGGUUUCAUUACGCUCAUACGGCAGUCGAGAGGGCUCAGUAUCUGGGCGGUCAGGAGAAAGCAGCCCUGUACCCAUGGGCUCCCAUCCACGAAGGGGAUUGGUCAGUAGCAGCCGGGAAAGCACUGGGUAUCUGGAGGAGUUAGAGAAAGAAAGAUCUUUAUUAAUUGCUGAACUGGAGAAGGAAGAGAAGGAAAAAGAUUGGUAUUAUGCACAACUUCAGAAUCUCACAAAGAGGAUUGACAGCUUUCCGCUCACUGAGAAUUUUUCUCUGCAAACGGACAUGACAAGAAGGCAAUUGGAAUAUGAAGCGAGGCAGAUCAGAGCUGCAAUGGAGCAGCAGCUUGGGACAUGCCAGGACAUGGAGAAACGGGCACAGGCAAGAGUAGCUAGAAUUCAGCAAAUAGAGAAAGACAUGCUUCGCAUUCGACAGCACUUACAGGCUCAGACAGCAGAAUCAGAGAAGACAUCGCAGAGCAAGCAUGAUCCACCUUCACGUGAUGCAGAAAGACAGGGUGAGGGAGGACAUGCAGCUGUAGAAUUGGGCAUGGGUACCACAGUGUGUGGUCAGGGUUCAGGUGUCCGCAUGGAUCAUGAGACAGCCAGUGAUAUGAGCUGUAGUAGUAGUUAUUCUGUCCCUCGAAGACUGACAAGUCACCUGGGUACCAAGGUAACCGAAGAUUCCAAGCCCCAGGUGGAAAUGGUGUAUUCGCUGCUGUCAAUGCUUGGUACCCACGAUAAGGACGAUAUGUCCCGCACUUUGCUAGCGAUGUCUAGCUCCCAGGACAGUUGUAUAGCAAUGCGGCAGUCAGGGUGCCUUCCUCUGCUGAUCCAGCUGUUGCAUGGAAAUGAUAAAGAAUCUGUGCUGCUGGGAAAUUCCCGUGGAAGCAAGGAGGCCCGUGCAAGGGCAAGUGCAGCGCUACACAAUAUCAUCCACUCGCAACCAGACGACAAACGUGGAAGGAGAGAAAUACGUGUGCUUCACCUGUUGGAACAGAUUCGUGCUUAUUGUGAAACAUGCUGGGAAUGGCAAGAGGCACAUGAACAAGGUGUAGAUCAGGACAAAAACCCAAUGCCAUCACCAGUGGAGCAUCAGAUCUGCCCUGCUGUAUGUGUGCUUAUGAAACUGUCUUUUGAGGAAGAACACAGGCAUGCUAUGAAUGAACUUGGAGGAUUGCAGGCUAUAGGAGAGUUGUUGCAGGUAGACUGUGAAAUGUAUGGACUUACCAAUGACCACUACAGUGUUACUCUGAGGCGUUAUGCAGGAAUGGCUCUUACAAACUUAACAUUUGGCGAUGUUGCAAAUAAGGCAACUUUGUGUUCGAUGAAAGGCUGUAUGAGGGCAAUGGUGGCACAACUGAAAUCCGAAAGUGAAGAUUUACAGCAGGUAAUUGCAAGUGUCUUGAGGAAUUUGUCUUGGCGUGCUGAUGUUAAUAGUAAAAAGACUCUACGUGAAGUAGGAAGUGUGAAAGCACUAAUGGAAUGUGCUCUGGAAGUGAAGAAGGAAUCUACCCUUAAAAGUGUACUCAGCGCCCUCUGGAACUUGUCGGCACACUGCACCGAGAACAAGGCAGACAUCUGCGCUGUGGAUGGUGCAUUGGCCUUUUUAGUUAGCACUUUAACCUACAGAAGUCAAACCAACACUUUAGCCAUCAUCGAAAGUGGGGGAGGCAUCUUGCGAAAUGUGUCCAGUCUCAUUGCUACAAAUGAAGAUCAUAGGCAGAUACUGCGAGAAAAUAACUGCCUACAGACGCUGUUACAACACUUGAAAUCUCACAGCCUAACAAUAGUUAGUAAUGCAUGUGGAACUCUAUGGAACCUUUCAGCUCGCAAUGUAAAGGACCAAGAGGCCUUAUGGGACUUGGGAGCUGUGAGCAUGCUUAAGAACCUUAUUCAUUCAAAGCACAAAAUGAUUGCAAUGGGCAGCGCUGCUGCUUUACGAAACCUAAUGGCCAACCGACCUGCUAAAUAUAAGGAUGCAAACAUUAUGUCCCCUGGAUCUAGCUUACCUUCCUUGCAUGUCAGAAAACAGAAAGCUUUGAUAGAAGAACUGGAUGCACAACAUUUAUCAGAAACUUUUGAUAACAUCGACAAUUUGAGCCCCAAAGCAUCCCAUCGAAACAAACAAAGACACAAGCAAAAUGUGUACAGUGAAUACGUUUUGGACUCUGGACGGCACAAUGAAGAUGGGAUGUGUAGGUCUGAGAGUUUUAAUGCUACCAAUUUGACUGUUCUCUCUCCUUAUAUGAACACUACUGUACUGCCCGGCUCAACCUCUAGUGAAACUAGGGGAAAUACAGAAAGUUCUAGGACUGAAAAAGACAGAAGCACUGAAAGAGAAAGGCGAGGACCAGGACCUGGUGGGUUCCAUCCUUCAGAAAAUUCUUCAAAAAGAAUUGGAAUGCAGAUAUCUACGACAGCUGCACAGAUUGCCAAGGUCAUGGAAGAAGUGCAGAGCAUACAUAUAUCCCAAGAUGAUGGAAGUACAGGGUCUUCAGCAGAUCUGCAUUGUCGACAAGAGGAAAGGAGUGGCCCGAGACGAACAUCCGCUUCUCACACGCACUCUAAUGCGUAUCACUUUAACAAACAAGAGCAUCCCAGUAGGACAUGCCCUAUGCCAUAUGGAAAAAUUGAAUGUAGAGCAUCAAAUGACAGCCUAAACAGUGUUAGCAGCAGUGAUGGGUAUGGUAAAAGGGGUCAGAUGAAGCCAUCUGUGGAAUCCUAUUCAGAGGAUGAUGAUGGAUAUGGUAAAAGGGGUCAGGUGAAGCAGUCAGUGGAAUCCUAUUCAGAGGAUGAGGAAGGGAAGUUUUGCAGUUAUGGAAAGUAUCCUGCUGACCUAGCCCACAAGAUACACAGUGCCAACCAUAUGGAAGAUAAUGAUGGAGAGAUGGACACCCCAAUAAAUUACAGUCUUAAAUAUUCAGAUGAACAGUUAAAUUCAGGAAGGCAAAGCCCUAGCCAAAAUGAAAGGUGGCCAAGACCUAAACAUCUUGUGGAAGAUGAGAUGAAGAGGAACGAACAAAAAACAUCAAGGACUCAAAACCAGGGGUAUUCAAUUUACACAGAAAACAGUAGUGAGGCCGCUGAUAAGCAUAUGAAAUUCCCCCCACGAUUUGGACAGGCGCUGUGUCCUGGUCCUUUCAGACAAAGAGGCUGUAACGGCUCAGAGCAAACUGGAUCUGGUUCUAAUCAUGGAAUUAAACAAAAGAUGAAUCCAUCACACUGCCCGGUAGAUGACUAUGAUGAUGAUAAGCCAACCAAUUAUAGCGAGCGGUAUUCAGAAGAAGAGCAACAUGAUGAAGAGGAUCAGCCAACAAAUUAUGGAAUAAAGUAUAGUGACGAACACCACCAUGUUGAACCCAUUGACUACAGUAUAAAGUACUCCUCUGAAGUCCCGUCAUCUCAAAAGUAUGGACAUUCAAAGGCUACUUCUGUUCAGAACUCAACGAAGGAUCAUAUAACACAAAACAGUGGAAGCAGCUCUGGUCCAUCAACCAAAAAUUCUGUCCGACAAAACCAACUUCACCCAUCCUCAGCCCAGACAAGAUCAGGUCCAACUCGGGUACUCCAAAAGUCUACCACAGGCAAGGCACCUUCCAUCAAUCAAGAAACUAUACAGACGUACUGUGUUGAAGACACACCAAUCUGUUUUUCCAGGGGCAGUUCCCUGUCGUCUUUGUCGUCUGCAGAGGAUGAGAUGGAAGGGCGUGAGCAGCACAGGAAUGUUGCAAAUAACUACCCAACUUUGCCUAUUGCUGACAAAGAUUCUAAUGGUUCUUUAUGUGCUGACACGCCCAUGGCUGAAGACCAGACCUCUUCUCAGUAUACAAGAAUGAAAGCCCAAAGACAUCAGUCCUCUAAUGUGGCAAGUUCUGAUGGAUCAAGACAUAAAGCUGUUGAGUUCUCGUCCGGUGCCAAAUCUCCAUUCAAAAGUGGGGCACAGACUCCAAAAAGCCCUCCAGAACAUUACGUACAAGAAACUCCUCUAAUGUUUAGCAGGUGUACUUCUGUAAGUUCUUUGGACAGCUUUGAGAGUCACUCGAUUGCCAGCUCUGUACAGAGUGAACCUUGCAGUGGAAUGGUCAGUGGAAUUAUCAGUCCAAGUGAUCUGCCAGAUAGUCCGGGUCAGACAAUGCCCCCAAGCAGAAGCAAGACCCCUCCUCCACCACAUGCAGGUCAAAUGAAAAACAAAGUGAAAGUGCCUAAUAAUGCUGAUGAGAGAGAGUUGGCUCCAAGGCAUGUUGCUGUAAAUGCUGCUAUUCAGAGAGUCCAGGUUCUUCCAGAUAAUGAUACUAUGUUACAUUUUGCAAUAGAAAGCACUCCAGAUGGCUUCUCUUGUUCAUCAAGCUUAAGUGCUCUGAGUCUUGAUGAGCCCUUUAUUCAGAAAGAUGUAACACUGCAAAUAAUGCCUCCUGUACAUGAAGAUGAUCAUGGAAAUGGAGAACCUGAAAAGGAGGAAGACACAAAAGAACAUGAGAGUCAGGAUAAACCACCUAAUUCCAGUGAACCUGAAAAAGAUAUACUUAAUGAUUCUGACGAUGAUGACAUUGAUAUAUUGGAAGAAUGUAUAAAUUCAGCCAUGCCAACCAAGUCUUCAAGAAAAAACAAAAAGCCGCCUCCUGUCGCCAGAAAACCAAGCCAGCUUCCUGUAUAUAAACUCCUCCCUUCUCAAAACCGAGGACAGCAGCAAAAAAAUGCUAAUUUCACACAUGGAGAAGACAUGCCUAGAGUAUACUGUGUUGAGGGAACUCCAAUUAACUUUUCUACAGCCACAUCUCUAAGCGACCUAACCAUAGAGUCACCUCCAAAUGAGCUUGCUAACACUGAAAGUUCUAAUAUUGAAACCCAGGGUACUGGGUCAUCUGCCAUGGAAAGACGAGACACUAUUCCAAUGGAGGGAAGAAGCAUAGAUGGCAAAGAUACAGUAAAAGGCUCCGCUGCUCCCUGUUUACCUCUGGAUGAUGAAAAAGCAGAAGGCGAUGACAUACUAUAUGAGUGUAUUAGUUCAGCAAUGCCAAAGGGUAAAAGUCAUAAGCCUUUCAGGGUAAAGAAAAUUAUAGAUCAGGUACAGCAGACAUCUACAUCUCCAGGUAACCCAAGGCAACAAGAUACUGAGAAAAAGAAACCUACUUCUCCAGUAAAACCAAUGCCGCAAAGCAGUGAAUACCGAGCUCGAGUGAUGAAGCCUCCUAACAGUUUUUCCUCAGGCACUUACCCUGAUAAAAAUAAGGAUGCCAAAAAACGAGAUCCCAAAAAUUCCAGGGAAUGUAGUAAUAAGCCUCCAAAUAGCGAAGAACGUGUACGUGGAAGUUUUGCUUUUGAUUCCCCGCAUCACUAUAGUCCAGUAGAGGGCACCCCUUAUUGUUUCUCACGCAAUGAUUCCCUGAGUUCAUUAGACUUUGAUGAUGAUGAACUAGAUUUUUCUAAAGAGAAAGCUGAACUUAAAAAAGAAAAAGAACAUAAAAAAGCAUCCACAAGAAAUGUUAAUGAGCAAACGUCCAACCACCCACCUGUAAGUAGAACGCAAGUGUACCAGAGGCCAGGUCCUAAUAGAGGCCCUGCAAAACUGUUGCAAAAACAAGCAACAUUUCCACAGGCAUCCAAAGAUAACAUAGGCUCUGUUACAGAUGAAAAAAUGCAGAACUUUUCUAUUGAAGACACCCCAGUGUGUUUUUCAAGAAAUUCAUCUCUCAGUUCAUUAAGUGAUAUUGACCAAGAAAACAAUAACAAAGAAAGUAGUCUUGAUCGUCAGAAAGAAAAUUCAAGUGUCCAGGUGGAAGGAUCGAGGCCCCAGGCUUCAGGUUAUGCUCCAAAGGCAUUUAACGUUGAAGACACUCCUGUGUGCUUUUCCAGAAACAGUUCUCUUAGCUCUCUUAGCAUUGACUCAGAAGAUGAUCUUCUACAAGAAUGUAUUAGUUCUGCUAUGCCCAAGAAGAAAAAACAGCCUGCCAAAAGCCAUGGAGGUGACAAUGCAACAAAUGAUGACAAACAUAUUGGGGGGAUUUUAACAGAAGAGCCAGAUUUAACAUUGGAUCUAAGAGAUAUACAAAGUCCUAUUUCAGAGCAGGCACACUCUCCUGAUUCUGAAACUUUUGACUGGAAGGCUAUUCAAGAAGGUGCUAAUUCUAUUGUAAGUAGCUUACAUCAGGCUGCUGCUGCUAGCCUUUCCAGACAGGCCUCUUCGGACUCUGAUUCAAUACUGUCUCUUAAAUCGGGCAUCUCUCUAGGAUCUCCCUUCCACCUUGCAUCUGAUCAAGAAGAGAAGCCUGUUGCCUCAAAUAAAGGUCCAAGGAUCUUAAAGCCUGGAGAGAAGAGCACCUCGGAAUCCAAAAAGAAAGAAGAGGAACAAGCAAAAGCUUUAAAAGGAGGAAAGAAGGUUUAUAAAAGUCUGAUAACCGGUAAAGCACGAUCCAGUGUUGACAUUUCUUCUAUACCAAAACAUCAGGCUCCUGUUCCCUUGAUCUCUCGUGGAAGGACUAUGAUCCAUAUUCCUGGUAUAAGAAACAGCUCCCCCAGCACCAGCCCAAUUCCCAAGAAGACUCCACCAAAAAACACCCCUCUAAAAGCUCCAACCACAGGGCAGAUUUCCAGUAACUCGCCAAGAGGUGUUAAAACUCCUGCAAAAUCUGACCCCAGCUCUGCAAACAGACAACAGGGGGCUCAAGGAGGAUCAAGCAAAGGCUCAUCCAGGUCGGGAUCAAGAGAUACAACUCCCUCUAGACCUGCACAGCAGACUUUAUCAAGACCUGUGCAGUCACCUGGUCGUACUUCUGUAUCACCUGGAAGAAAUAGAAUCAGUCCUCCCAACAAGUUAUCACAAUUGCCUCGCACAUCAUCUCCAAGUACAGCAUCAACUAAGUCAUCAGGCUCAGGAAGAAUGUCUUAUACAUCCCCCGGAAGGCAUUUAGGCCAGCAAACUCCAACCAAGCAAAGUUGUUUACCAAGAAGUACUAGUGGGAUUCCGAGAAGUGAGUCUGCUUCAAAAGGCUUGAACCAGAGUGCAGCUGCAGGUUCUUCUAAAAAAGUAGAAUUGUCAAGGAUGUCUUCAACAAAAUCAAGUGGAAGUGAGUCUGAUAGAUCAGAAAGACCGGUACUGGUCCGUCAGUCAACCUUUAUCAAAGAAGCUCCUAGUCCAACACUGAAGAGAAAACUAGAAGAGUCUGCCUCAUUUGAAUCAUUGUCACCUACAUCAAGACCAGUCUCCCCCAACAGAUCCCAGUCCCACACACCAGUUUUAAGUCCAUCACUUCCAGAUAUGUCAUUAACCUUGCCAUAUCAAGGUAGUUGUUGGAGGAAAUCCCCCCAAAGCCAAAACUCUUCUGAAAAUGGGGAUGAUAGGUCUCUGAGAAGGCAUGACAUUGCCCGUUCACAUUCUGAGAGCCCAUCCAGACUCCCAAUUAACAGGUCCGGCACUUGGAAGCGUGAGCAUAGCAAGCACUCUUCAUCUCUCCCAAGAGUUAGCACUUGGAAAAGAACUGGGAGCUCCUCCUCCAUCCUUUCUGCAUCUUCUGAGUCAAGUGAAAAGGGAAAAAGUGAAGAUGAAAGGCAACAUGCAAGUUUUGCUCAAGGAAGCAAGCAGAGCAAAGAAAUCCAUACCCCUUUGAAAGGAACAUGGAGGAAGAUCAAAGAAAGUGAAAAUCCCCAAAAUCCGUCUGGUGAUGGAAGUGAUGCUGAUUCAGUGGUUCAUCAAAUGGCUCCUGCUGUGUCCAAGACAGAGGAUGUGUGGGUGAGAAUUGAGGACUGUCCUAUCAAUAACCCCAGGUCUGGGAAAUCGCCAACUGGAAAUACUCCCCCAAUAAUUGACAGUGUGCCAGAAAAAUUGACUAUUGAUGAUCCAGACCCUAAAGACACACAGUCCAAACAAGCUGCAGUAAAUGACAUUGUGGCUGUUUGCACAACGGGACUAGAGCAUCAUGUGAAUUCAUUUAUUAUGAAUGAAAGCCCUGAAAAAAAGGCAGCAGAGACCAAGUCAGUAGCAAGUUAUCCUGCUGCUACACCAGAGACUUCUGAAAACCCUGUUACCGAGCGCACUCCUUUUAGUUCUACAAACUCAAGUAAGCACAGCUCACCCAGUGGUGCUGUUGCUGCAAGAGUAACACCUUUUAAUUAUAAUCCCAACCCCAGGAAGAGCAGCACUGAUAACGGCUCUGCGCGGCCAUCACAGAUUCCAACACCCAUAAACAGCAGCACAAAGAAACGAGACUCCAAAGGUGAUAGUGCUGAGUCUAGUGGAAAUCAGAGCCCCAGACGCCUUUCUGGGUCAUACCUUGUGACGUCUGUGUGAAAAAAACUUUAUUGUGAUUUUAACUAGGAACUGAUCACUAUUAAUGUAUAAUUUGGUACAAUUGCUAUGUAGACUGUUGGUUUUAAAAAAAAAAAAGAAAGAAGUGUAAAUAAAUUGAUUCUUUUCUAGAGGGUAACUGUUCUGGAAGUCAUAUUUGAUAAAGAAACUAUCUUUGCUGGUAGAUGUGGCUGGUACACUUGGUUAACAGAAUGAGAUUAAUUUAGUUGGUAAAGCAAGCAUAUUUGUACUGUACAGAUUGUUUUUCAUGUAUUUAAAAUUAAUCCUUGCCAUAAACUUAUGUCUUGCUUGGCUUGAAUAAAGAAAGAAAAAAAAUACACAAUUUGGAGCCAGUAAAACACUAUUUCAGAAGUACUGUGUUGUACUAAUAUUAUAACUUGAUUUUUUAAAAGCAAGGCGAGAAUUCGGCAGUAGGUCUGUCUAUCAUGCAAACAACAUUAAAAGAGAUCCUGUUGCAAAAAAAAAAAAAAAA